AUCAUAUUCUGUCUCCUGCAACAUGCACCUUCUCCAGCUCCUGUGGAGAGCCGGCCCUGGCGUCUUGGUCCUUGUUCUCUGUCUACAGCUGGGGACCAACAAAGCUCAGGAAGACACUCGAGAAGUGAUAAAAAUGCAAUUGGACAUGCCCUCAAAAGUAAAAGAAAAUGAAGAAGUCACUCUGGAGCUUAGAGUUCAAACGGAAUUAAAAGAAUGUAUGGUGAUUAAAACUUACCUCCAAGGCAGCCUCCUAAUGGAUGGUCCUUUUAAUUAUCUUUACACUGCCUGCCUCUGUGAGGGUUAUUCAAGAACUUUCUACUGGGACUUUGAGGUCAAUAGAACUAUGGCAAUAGCAACAGUGGUCCACAUUAUUGAAGAAGAAGCUAUCUGCCCUAAUAUAUCAGUGGUGCCCAAUGGAAAAAAAUAUUAUUAUACCAUUAGGAAAAUACAGACAGUCUGAUCAUGCUGGAAGACCUUGUCUAACUGCCCCCCAGGGUGGUUCCUUUAAAAAAAAAUUGGCUGGAGUAUCUGUUGUGGUCUAUAAAAUAAACUUCUCACAAACUUC